UGGAAGGACGUCGCUUUUGUGUGUGUGUGUGUGUGUGUGUGUGUGUGUGUGUUUUCUCUCUAAAGUUUGACAUUUCUCUUUUCUCUUUAAUUCGCCGUGCCAGCGCUUGUUCUGGUCCAUGUAUUGAUGGAUUUAUUCGGUGCCGGUCGUGGCGGGGGGUGCGCGUUUAUUUUACCGGCGUUCGGGCCGCUCCUCUUCAGUUUUUUUUCGGUAACCGAAUCCGCUCCUCUGAACUCGGACUCCUUCAGUAAGGGUGUGGACUGGCUCACUCGCUAUGGGUACCUGCCUCCCCCUGAUCCCCGGACAGGACAGCUCCAGACAAAGGAGGGCAUCGAGAAGGCAAUACGGGUCAUGCAGAGAUUCGGAGGGAUUCAAGAGACAGGAAAACUUGACUCGGAGACCAUGGCUCUCAUGAAUAUGCCUCGCUGCUCGUUGCCGGACAUCAUCGGAACCUCAGAGCUUCUUCGCAGACGGAAACGCUAUGCCCUGAGUGGGCUUCUGUGGAGCAAGAAGACUCUGAGCUGGAGGGUGCUCUCGUACCCCCAGACUCCUCAGAACCGAGAUCUCCGCCAGGACAUGGUGAACUUGGUCCUGCACUACGCCCUGAAGCCCUGGGGUGACGUCACCCCGCUACGCUUCGAGCGUGCCUCGCCGGGAGGGGGGGACCCUGAUAUCAAGGUGGAGUUCAGCCGCUCCUAUCACGAGGACGGGUACCCCUUCGAUGGGCCGGGGGGCACCCUUGCCCACGCCUUCUUCCCCGGAGAGCACCCCAUAUCAGGGGACACUCACUUCGAUGACGAUGAGACCUGGACAUACUUAGCUAACGAUGAGCAGGGCACAGAUCUCUUCACCGUGGCGGUGCACGAGUUUGGUCAUGCCCUGGGGCUGUCUCACUCCUCCUCCUCUCACUCCAUCAUGAAGCCGUACUAUCAGGGUAGCGCGGGGGACCCCGUGAAGUACAAUCUCUCACGGGACGAUGUGGAGGGGAUACAGCAGCUGUAUGGUAAGAAAGACACAUCCCCUCCAGAAUCCCCGCCUACCCAGCCCAGGAUUCCAACUCUCCCCCCUGGCCGACCAACCAGACAGCCUCGCCCGGACCUACCAGAUCGGUGCUCCCAGGGGGGGUUCGACGCCAUCGCUAACAUCAGAGGAGAAGUCUUCUUUUUCAAGAAUAAGUAUUUCUGGCGAGUGCAACGUUCCGGUUCCCUUGUGUCUCUCGCCCCGGCACUCAUCUCAAAUUUCUGGCACGGGCUCCCGAAGGACCUGCGCAAGAUCGACAGCGUGUACGAGAGAACAACGGACAGCAAGAUCGUCUUCUUUAUUGGUGAUGAGUUCUGGCUGUUCUCUGACACGCGUGCCCUGCCAGGGUACCCCAAGCCCCUCUCUCUCUGGAGUCUCCCCGCAGGGGGGGUCGAUGCCUCGUUCGUUUGGGCUCACAAUGGAAAGACCUAUAUGUUCAGGGGGGCUCAGUUCUGGCGCUACGACGAUCGCGAGGGACGCAUGGACACAGGGUACCCCAAAUCCAUCAGCCUGUGGCGCGGGAUUCCCCAGGACCUCGAUGAUGUCAUUACCUGGGGAGAUGGCGAUGCCUACUUCUUCAAGGGAGACCAAUACUGGGUGCAGAAGAAAGGGCAGUUGGACCAGGAGGUGGAGCCCCCCAAAUCCGUGCCCAUCGAUUGGAUGAGGUGCCCCCCGCCCCCCACAAGACCUGCCCCAGCCAAUCCCAGGGGGGCAGAAUGCAACUGUGACAUGAGCAGCGGAGGGGCGGGUCUUAGAGAGCACAGGCGAUCUAAUUGGCUGCUCACUGUGACCGUUGUGUUCUACUUGCUCCUCCCCUCUUCCAUGACCCUUUCGUAGGACUCUCCAGAAAUGAUUUACUGGCAUUUAGAGUUCCUCGGGCAAGCUGAAAAGCAAAAUAAAAUCAUAAAGGUAACGAUU